CAACGUACAUGGUUACAAUGCUGUUGCCUAAUUCUUGGGCACGCAGAGAUACGUCGAAAGUUAUGGUACCGUCCCUUGUAAGGCAUGAGAGUAUAAGUAUGGUGUACUUUAACGAGAAAGAGAACGCAAGAACUACUUCAGCAUUUUAUUCAUGUCGUUGAGUCUGACACGAUGACUUCUAUCUUACCAUCCCUCAUGGCAGUGUUCAAUUCUUUGCGUAGCCACGCGACACUCAGCUUGGCCACGACGGCUGCUUUAUUCGGACUCGUGAUAGCCUAUCGAGACUAUCGUGCGUACGUCGCCAUGGGACCGCACGGGCUGCCAGACAACUUUUACGGUUGGCAGCGGCAGUUGAUGAUGGCGCGCAGGGCUCGCAAGGACGUCACAGCUCAUGCUCCGUACGAUGAAUCUGUUGUUGCAAAGGCCCUCGGCGCCCAUGCGAAGACCUCCUUUCUAUCGAAGCCGCUGACCCCCCGUGUCGGGGAACGGCCUCGAAUUCCUGGGUUCGUUGCUCCCCAACGCCAAGUUACUGAAAUCGCGACCGAAUCGAGAAAACGAGACAUGUUUGCGUACAUAAAGUCGUUGGUUGAGAUGAAUGACUCUAUGUUGCAAUCAGAAUUAUCUUGCCUCGAAGGUCCCGUUCCGGCCUUGCAGCUCAAAGACGGUGUAAACGGGCCGAGUUUCCUCGACAAAACCCGUGGGGAAAUCGCUCACAUUCACCCACCUGAUGGAAGCACGCAUCUGGUUUUGUCCCUCGCCGAUUCCGAGGAAGUCAUUGCAAAAGGUUGGGGACAAAGACAUAGACUUUCAGGUGGCUUUUUGCCCUGGACGUAUACAUUGAUAUAUGCACCACGAACGGACGAGGAAUUUGAGGUUUGGAAGGACAUUGUUAUUGCCGUUGCUAGGUUUUGCUGCAAAGAUGAGGGGGACAUUCAAGCUCCUCGACUGUGAUGUGAGCAACAGCAGCAAUUUCUAGUUUUCCGGAGUUCCUCCAUACUAAAUAAGUCUUCAUUGCUUUGCUAAAAGUUGUGCAAAUCGGGUUUAAGUGUUCGAAUUCACAUAAUGCAAGUGCAGAACACCAGUUGUUUCGUCAAGCACUGCUUCACCAUCAUUCAAUAUUCGGC